AUGGAGCUGUCCCCUACGUUGAAUUACCGCUCAAAGAAGCCGCUGAACAAAGUCAAGAGAGAAGCACCGGAUGGAUACAGAGGAGCCACACCGACGGCUAGAAAACGAGCAGAGAAGCCACCAGUCGUCACCGAGGAUUCACCAACGCAAAUAGCCAUCGCCCUACAACAUCCACCGAUGGGAACGAAACAAGAAAGACAACGGAUGAGCCACCACUCCGGCACACCGGAGAUCACGCCGUUGCUGCCGUUGACGAGAAACCAGAAGAAGGAAAGCCGCCUCCUUGGAUAG